AUGGCGGUUAACUUUGACCACUUUCAAAUAUUGCGUGCUAUUGGGAAAGGGAGUUUUGGAAAGGUGUGCAUUGUACAGAAGAGGGACACCAAGAAAAUGUAUGCCAUGAAAUAUAUGAAUAAACAGAAGUGCAUUGAAAGAGAUGAAGUUCGAAAUGUUUUUCGGGAGCUACAGAUAAUGCAAGGCCUGGAACAUCCCUUCCUGGUCAAUCUAUGGUAA